AUGGCGGGACUUGAAUCAAUGGUUGUAGAAGAGGUUAAGCCAGUCGAUAGGGAGAAGACCUGCCCUCUUUUGCUUCGUGUGUUUUGUUCUACGGGAAGACAUAAUUCACCUGGUGAUUAUGCUAGAGGCAAUGUACCUCAAAAUGAACUUCAGAUUUAUACAUGGAUGGAUGCAACACUAAGAGAACUCACAGGUUUAGUUAAAGAAGUUAAUCCUGAGACAAGACGUAAAGGGACAUACUUUGAUUUUGCUAUAGUAUAUCCUGAUAUUAGAUCUCCAACAUAUCGUAUGAGAGAAAUUGGUGUCACUUGUUCUGGACAGCGAGGUGGUGACGAUAACAAAACCUUAUCACAAGUUAAAUUCCAAAUUGGUAACUACCUAGAUAUUUCUAUCACUCCAUCAAACAGAAUGCCUCCACCAAUGAGGCGCCCACAACCCUAUGUUAACAAUCGUCCAUAU